UGACUGCUGGGUUGGGCGAGAGGAGGGACUUGGACACCCUGUUUUUCCAUGUCCAUUCCAAUUCCUGGAGUAUCUUUGAGCCUGUGAUGGUAACAGCAUCUCUGCUGUCCUCCUGGUCCAUGGUGCUGCACUGAGCCUUCCUCCUCUACCUCUCAGAGGGAGAACUUCCCUUUUGGGGCCUCAUUUUUCCCUGUCUGGCAUCUCUGAUGCCUCAGUGGAACCCCACCCCCUCUUCCUCUGCUCCUAGCAAACCUCCCCUCCUCCCCCACUUCCUCCUCCAGGACACCUUCCCUGAGAGGUCCUCAGUGUUCUUGCUCAGGGCUGUGCCUCCCCGCUGCCCCUUGCUGUGGUCCAGGACUCUAGAUGCUUCCUCGUCUUUGGGGCAGGUAGACCCAUCUCUUCUACCAGUUGGGUGCUCCCUGGACUGGGCCUGGGUCUCCUUCUCCUCUGGGCUCUACACAUGCCAGGCACCUGUUCCCCAGGUGUGUCAGAGUAAGUCAGCUGCACACAGUCAGGCCAAGAGCAUCCUGCUCUCCAAGGCCCAGCCCAGGUCUGGGAGGGGAUAAAAGUCUCGUGCAAGGGCCCCAGGGCAGGAACACAUACAUUGUCCAUCCGUCCAUCUGCCUGCUGCUGUGUACCUGCUGUGCCUGCCAUGUCUCUGUCCCCGUGCCGACCCCAGAGGGGCUUCAGUGCUCGUUCAGCUUCUUCUGCUCUCUCAGGGGGCCAUGGCAGGGGCAGCUUCAGAAGCAGGAGCCUCAUUUCCUUUGAGAGGUGCCAAGAAGGCUCUCGAGGAAGGGCUUGGGGGUCUCGGGGAAGGCUGGCUAUACGGUCUGGGAAAGGGAGUGGUGGGCCUGGGCUUUCCACGUGCCCUCCAGGGGGCAUCCAAGAAGUGACCAUCAACCAGAAUCUGCUGACUCCCCUGAAGAUUGAGAUCGACCCGCAGUUCCAAGUGGUGAAGACACGGGAGACCCAAGAGAUCCGAACUCUCAAUAACCAGUUUGCUUCCUUCAUUGACAAGGUACGGUUCCUAGAGCAGCAGAACCAAAUCCUAGAGACCAAGUGGCACCUGCUGCAGCAGCUGGAGGUGAGUGACAGUCCCCAGAGCCUGGAGUCUGUCUUCGAGGCCCUCCUGGCCCAGCUCAGGAAGCAGUUGGAGCAGCUGCAGAGAGAACGAGGGACUCUGGAUGCUGAGCUGACAACUUUCCAGAAACAGGAGGAGGAGUAUAAGGCCAAGUAUGAGCUGGAGGCCCACAGGCAUGCCACAGUGGAGAAUGACUUUGGUAUCCUCAAAAAGGAGGCAGAUGAGACUUUCCUCAGCAAGAUGGAGUUGGAAGGCAAGCUGGAGGCUCUGAGAGAAUUCUUCUGCUUCUUGACGCGUCUGUAUGAGGAAGAACGGAGUCAGCUGCAGACACAGGCGAGCGACACAUCUGUGGUGCUGUCCAUGGACAACAACUGCUGCCUGGACUUUAGUGACAUCAUCGCUGAGGUCCGUGCCCGGUAUGAGGAGAUUGCUUCGACCAGCAAAGCCGAGGCUGAGGCCCUGUACCAGAACAAGUACCAGGAGCUUCAGUCAUCAGCCCAACUUCAUGGGGACAACAUGAAGGAAACCAAGAUCCAGAUCUCCCAGCUGCAGCAUGCCAUCCAGACAUUACAGAGUCAGAUCGACAGCCUCAAGGGCCAGAAUGCCAACCUGCAGUCAGCCAUCGGUGAUACCGAGCAGCGUGGAGAGCUGGCCCUCAAGGAUGCCAAGAGCAAGCUAGAUGAGCUUGAGGGUGCUUUGAGAAUGGCCAGGAAGGACAUGGCCAGGCUGCUGCGAGACUACCAGGAGCUCAUGAGCACGAAGCUGUCCCUGGAUGUGGAGAUCGCCAUGUACCGCAGGCUGCUGGAGGGCGAGGAGUGCAGGUGGGACGGCUUGGACAGAUCUGGGAUAUCUGGGGAGUGCACCAGUCAGGUCACUAUCUCCACAACGGGAGGCAGUGACAUUGUGCCUGGAGGAGCUGGUGGCAGCCAAGGGGGCACUUGUAGAUUCAGAGGUGGGAAAGGCCGCUUUGGAUCCGGCUGCUCCAGUGUCGUGACUGGAGGCUUCGGCAACACGCUGGGUUCUGGUCAAGGCCCUGCUUUGGGCUCCUGCUCCGUGUCUGGCUCUGGCUUCAGCUCUAGCUCCAGCUGCAGCCACCAUACCAUCCUGAAGGAGACAGUGGAGUCAAGCCUGAAGACAUCCACCACAUACUGAGUGGCCUGGUGGCCACCUCCUUCCUGGACCCAUCAGCCCUCUCCUACCCCGUCCUCCAGCUCUACAUAGCCAGCCCUGAAUCGCUGCUCACCUCCCAAGCCAGCCCAAGAGGAUUCUGAGAAAGUCAAUAAAGUCCCACCCACCUGCUGUCCUGAGCACCUGGGCCUGUUGUUCUUACUCGGCUGGGGAUUUGCAUCUCAUUUAUGUGCUGUCCGC